AAAACUAAGUUGGUUUAAUGGUAAAUAAGAUGUUACAUUAGAAAGUAUAAAUUCGUACGUUCGUCGAUGUAGUCUGUCACGGUAAAAACAUUUAUGGGAGGUUAAAAUCUGAAACAAAAAAUAUUUAAUGGUCUGGAAAAUGGGAGAGAUAAAACUAUUUCUGUCAAAUUGGUACCUUCAAACAAGCAGUUUCUACAUUCCGUAAAGUAACAGCAUGAGUUCCAUGUUGGAAUCUGCGGGUGGUGCUGGGGAGCGCCUCCUCUUGAGAGAAAACCUGAGUGACCUCACUAUUGUCUGUGGAAACUUCCGCUUCCCUGCUCAUUCCCUGUUACUCGCUUCCCAGAGUGCUGUCCUUCGAAGCAUGCUGUCCGACGACUUCUCGGAAAAGAAUUCCCGCCGUAUUGUCCUGAAAGAUGUCAAGCCCGAGACGGUUGAGCUAUUUCUCGAGUAUAUCUACUGCGGACGUGUGGUCUUCGAGACUUGGAGAGAUGCAUACGAACUAUUGAAGGUGGCCCACCAGUAUCAAGUGGAUCCACUGGUCCAGCGUUGUGGCCGUUUCCUGGAGGGGGUCCUGAGCAUUGCCAAUGUCUGCCAUCUGUACCAGGCAGCAUUCGUUUACUCGCUAUGGGGGCUGAAAGAGCACUGCUUGCGACUCAUUGUGGAUGCUGGAUUCAUUCUACUUGAGAGUGGAGCAUUCAAAGCAUUAGGGAAAGAUGCAGUGCUUGAGAUUUGA